CGCUAUAAAUGGGAGCCUUCGAUCGUCUGAGGUAACUGAUUCAAGAACGAAAUUGACAGCACAGAGGCUCAGCCGGAAAGAAGACGGUAGAGCUGAGAGCAAAGCAGUCUGCAGUCUGAUACAGUGAGAGUACCCGAGGGCUGUCGGAAACGGGUCAGAGAUCGAGGCUUUUCGCUUGUACCGUCAUGAGGUCGACGUGGUUCCUACUGCUGGUCUCUCUCACUCUUCACAACAGAUCGGGGGUAGCGGACAAACGCACGGCGGCAGAAGAACUGCUGGAAAGAGCAGCGGAAUCGCAAAACGAGCGGUUUCAAGGAGCCGAGACUGCUCUGAUUCGCUCCUUGCUGAUGGAGAUGCAGCAAGAGCCGAAUGCUCACGACGCCGAUGGAUUCUUCAUGCAACAGCAAAUGGAAUUCGAGAAACGACAGCACCCAGGAAAACGAGAGGAGGUGGAAUACGGUUACCCGGCGGUAGAGAAACAACAGCGCCCAAGGAAACGAGAGGAGGUGGAAUACGGUUACCCGGUGGUAGAGAAACAACAGCACCCAGGAAAACGAGAGGAGGUGGAAUACGGUUACCCGGUGGUAGAGAAACGACAGCGCCCAGGAAAACGAGAGGAGGUGGAAUACGGUUACCCGGUGGUAGAGAAACAACAGCGCCCAGGAAAACGAGAGGAGGUGGAAGACGGUUAUCCGGUGGUAGAGAAACAACAGCGCCCAGGAAAACGAGAGGAGGUGGAAGACGGUUACCCGGCGGUAGAGAAACGACAGCGCCCAGGAAAACGAGAGGAGGUGGAAUACGGUUACCCGGCGGUAGAGAAACAACAGCGCCCAGGAAAACGAGAGGAGGUGGAAUACAAUAACCUGGCGGUAGAGAAACGACAGCACCCAGGAAAACGAGAGGAGGUGGAAUACGGUUACCCGGUGGUAGAGAAACAACAGCGCCCAGGAAAACGAGAGGAGGUGGAAUACAAUAACCUGGCGGUAGAGAAACAACAGCACCCAGGAAAACGAGAGGAGGUGGAAUACAAUAACCUGGCGGUAGAGAAACGACAGCACCCAGGAAAACGAGAGGAGGUGGAAUACGGUUACCCGGCGGUAGAGAAACAACAGCACCCAGGAAAACGAGAGGAGGUGGAAGAUGGUUACCUGGCGGUCGAGAAACAACAGCGCCCAGGAAAACGAGAGGAGGUGGAAUACAAUAACCUGGCGGUAGAGAAACGACAGCACCCAGGAAAACGAGAGGAGGUGGAAUACGGUUACCCGGUGGUAGAGAAACAACAGCGCCCAGGAAAACGAGAGGAGGUGGAAUACGGUUACUCGGCAGUAGAGAAACGACAGCGCCCAGGAAAACGAGAGGAGGUGGAAUACGGUUACCCGGUGGUAGAGAAACAACAGCGCCCAGGAAAACGAGAGGAGGUGGAAUACAAUAACCUGGCGGUAGAGAAACGACAGCACCCAGGAAAACGAGAGGAGGUGGAAUACGGUUACCCGGUGGUAGAGAAACAACAGCGCCCAGGAAAACGAGAGGAGGUGGAAUACAAUAACCUGGCGGUAGAGAAACAACAGCACCCAGGAAAGCGAGAGGAGGUGGAAGACGGUUACCUGGCGGUAGAGAAACAACAGCGCCCAGGAAAACGAGAGGAGGUGGAAUACGAUAACCUGGCGGUAGAGAAAAUACAGUCCCAAGGAACGAGAGGCAUGGAUAGAUCUUCCUCCUCCUCGGCCCUAUUGAAACGACAACACCCGGGCAAGAGGUUCCUGGUUUACGUCUAGGGCCAACAACCUGGCGGGGCGUCCGGAAGACUGGCAGAGAAUUCUUCCCCUGAGAUCUUCAGGACCCUGUAACUUGUAGUACAGCGAACUACUUGGUGACACGAGUAAUACUGACAUGAAGGGACAUCAGCCGGGAGGGGAUGUGUUUCAUAUGGAAAACCUGGAGGACGAGAUUGCGAUGUUUAAAUGUUGUAAAGUAAUUUUAUGCACCCUAAAUUCUUAUAAACCUCUGUGUCCCGAGCAAAAAUGUGUUUGAAGUGU